AUGGCCAAAAUGAAGGAGGCCGAGCAAAAGUCCAACAAGGAGCGAGCUGGGAAGGCGGCCAUCAGCAAGGUGAAUGGUAAACCAAACGGCAAGCUGAAUGUCGCGGCCAGGACCGCGUCGAAAAAAGCAGCGGGCAAACGGAAAGAGCCAGUUAGUCAACCUGCCGACAGCCAGGCCGCUCCUAGCCCCGCUGUAUCUCAAGAACUGGCUUCUGCCAUCGAAAUUGGAAGUUCGAAUGAAUUUUCGGUGCCCGAGGAAUGGGAAGACCUCCUCUACAACAACCUUGAAGAGUGGGAUACUAUGACUGCCGCGCAAAAGCAGAAAAUUGACUACGAUGUGAACCGGCUCCGCAAAGAAUAUUGCGAGUACGUUUUGAAAACCCUGCUCCCAUCCACUCUCUUGGUGAAGUAUGAAGAUAUUCAAGCGAGUCGAGUGGGCAAGAACAAGUUGAGCAAGUACAUGACCACGGCUGUGCUGUCUGCGGCUUCUGCCGUGAAUGACGAUCACGAGACCAUUGAUUUAAUAACGAGCGUGUGUGCGCGAUCUAGCUACUGCAGUUUGGGGAAGCAUCGGUUGUUGACGCACUUAAUCGCGGGUGUGAAGAAGGACAUACUCGCUGAGUCCGCGCCGCCCGUCGUAGCGCCCACCGGUGUGAGAAAGGGAGCCGGAAACAAGAAGACCGCUGUGACUGUUGUCCCGGCUGAAAACCGACAGCAGAAAAACAAGCCGACCAAGCAGACGUCUAUUCCACAAAGCCGUCCUCGGCAAUACAUUCCCGGACUGUGCCUGGACUAG